CGCAUUCUCUUGGUCGCGUGAAAAGGGCAGGGUUAGCGGUACAGACUGCCCGCUUUUCUUUUUUUUAUCACCUCAGUCUUUUGUUUUUAUUUUUUCUUUAUAAUCCAUAUCGGCAACACCAUUGUUGAAUACUUUCUAUUUUUUAAUAUUUCCCAUCGCUUUCAGUCAUUCAGAGGCCAGUUGCAUGCAUUAUUUGUCUCCAAAAAUGGUUUGCGAGACGAAAAUCGUUGCGGAUGAACAUGAAUCUAUACCUGGGACCAAAAAAGAAGCGAUGAUCGUCUCUUCCUCGCAAUUGUGGAGCUCAUCGCAGCCGCACACGUCUAACGUUCUCGAGGAGAACGCGAAAAGAGACGCGGUAUUUAUUCGCGAGUUUCAGCUUUCCGAUCAAGACGAGGUGCGCCGCAUCUUUUAUGAAGGGAUAAUGGAGAGGAUACCAAAUACUGCAUUUCGGGGUUUAAAGCAGCAGAGCAAAAUACAGAUAAUGUAUGGUUUUCUGACAAUAAUGUGCUUUUUUGUCACCAAGUCCAUGGCGCUGACCUGCUGCGUGCCCUUCCUUUUAAUGGCCGCAAGGUACUACUUCAGCAGAAAAGUUAUCCUAAGCUAUCUCGAUUGCGCUCUUCACACGGACAUGUCUGAUAUUGAGCAAUAUUACAUGAAACCCACAGGCUCCUGUUUCUGGGUGGCAGUUCUGGAUGGCAACAUUGUAGGAAUUGUGGCAGCCCGGGGAAAUGAAGAAGACAACACAGUAGAGUUGCGGCGCAUGUCUGUGGAUUCCCGCUACCGUGGCAUGGGAAUCGCCAAAGCACUGGGCAGAAAAGUGUUGGAGUUUGCUAUGCUUAACAACUACUCCGCCAUUGUGCUUGGCACCACUGCAGUGAAGCUGGCAGCCCACAAGCUGUAUGAAUCAUUGGGCUUUCAGCAUGCUGGCGUCAGCGAGGAGUUUACGUUACCGGGGAUGAACCAUUCCAUCCUGGAGAGAAUGUUUUUUCAGCUUCGGUACCACCGCUAUCGCCUGCAGCUUCGUGAAGAAUAAAUGCAAUUUUGUUUUCUUGUUUUUUUUUUUUUUAUUUUAUUUAUUUUACGCCCCUUCAAAUACCACAUUUGCAAACACAUGUCUUGCUAUCAGUGAUGUGAUUGUUCUGCGGGACAAUCAUACCUGUUUUUGCAGAGCCUUUUUACGCACAUUACAUACUCCCACUUAUCCAUCUCCAGCUUGUGUAAAGGAGCGCGAUUGUACAGAGCAAUGGAGAAUAGGAGCAAUCCUCUAGGAUGAGGGGAGGGACAUCGUUGAUUUCAGAAGCACUUUGGCCCUUCCUUACAAAAUGUAUUCUGCAGCAUCUCUGGUUCAGGAAGGCCAUUUCCAAAUACCUACUCCUAAGCACAGCAACUUGAAUUACAGCAGUAUUGAAAACCUGGUAUGUGUCAUAUACUGCAUUUCCAUUUUAUUUAUUCUACCUUCAAAAAAAAUAAAUAAAUAAAAAAAAUAAAAAAUAUUAAUUUGAAAAACCUUGGUGAAAAUACGAUGUGCUUGUGAUCUUAUUAAGUGAUUCAGGGCUUGCUGCUUGGUAAUAUUUUUGAAUGCUGGUCAUACAUUUAAAUUGUCCUUUUUAUUAAAAAAUGGCAUAUACUUUUUUGCAUGAAGAGGAUAAAAAUAAGUGUUUGCUCUUACAAACACACAGCACUGCAAACAAGGCACUGGUUUUAAGCACUUUCUUUUGGAUGCAUCACCUUCUGCCAAAUUACAGAAACUAAAUAAGUAAACACAUUAAGGACACAUAAAGAGAAUAAGAUAAAUACUUGGUGCAUCCAAAAAAAGAAAAAAAAAAAAAUACAUAUACCUCUCCAUUUUCAUUGGUUUCAUGUGCCAGCAACAGAGAGACAAUGAAACUGAGCCCAUUUUGUUGUCUGUUGUUAAAAAAGGGUAUCUUAAUUUUAAUUAUUUGCCUUGUCUUUCACAUUCAUUAAUCUGCAACCCUGGGCCAGACCUUUGCAUGUGCAUUGGAGUCUUAAAAUGCUGCUUUUAUUUUGGUCUAAUGUUUCAUUGUUAUUUUUAAUUUUUUUUUUUUACUGUUGAAUUAUUAUUUAAAAUAGUUAAGCUCCUUGGCGAGUCCGUUGCUUGUACUGAAUGAUGUCAUUAGAGCAGGCAUUAUGGGGGGUUAGAGUCGGUUGCAGUUUCUGUGGUAACACAUUUCUCUAUUAAUGUGCACAGCACAACUGAGACCACUCAAAAUAACCAAACAGACAGUAGCACUAAUUUCUUUUCCAGACUGACGGCGCUUAAACUUCUAACCAGUUGCCUAUCAAAAAACAAAAAAAUGUUGACGCUUGCCCACUGAACAAGCUACCUGCUUUAAUGACAUCACACCUACAAAUAGAAGAAUGCAGAAGCAAUGCAAUGCAGCAGUGGCAUGUUUCUGUACCUGAAUUGUGUGUACAGUGCCUGCCUAUUUUUCCUUUAUUUUUCUUUUUUUUAUUUUUAUUUUAACUGAACAAAAUACCCUCAUUUUUGGACUUGAAUACAAUUGUGUGUUAUUUGUUCAAAGAAAUAACUUUUGCAUGAAAUGUCUUUAGAGGGACGUUAUGCAGGAAGAAUGUCUUAAACUAAAGUAAGGGAAAUGUAAUUCUUGAAUGCAAUUAUUGAAAUGCUUGGAAUUCAGAAUGUUUGGAGUGGGGGUGUGGGGGUGGGAGGGCUUUUUUGUCAUAUUAAAUUUUACUUGUGCAUUUUUCUUAAUUCCAUAUGAUUUGCAGAAGUGCUCUUAACCAAAUGACACUUUUUUUCUUCUGUAUCAGAGAGGCGCUGGCAGCUUUAUGAACAGCAUGUAGCACAGCUUCGAUGGAUGAACAUAGAGUUGAACAUCCAUAAGGAUGGGGCAUUUUUUAAAAUGUUUGUAACUUGAAUAGAAUGCAGUAUACAUUUUUUGUUUGGAACAAUAAUGGAAAGGUACAUUUUGGUGUCGCUAUUUAACACUACAAGACAAAGAACUCUGGUUGACAUUUACCCUAGACAAACUUUCUAUGGUGGCCUAUGAAAAAAGUCAAGAAAGUUUUAAAAAUGACAGCUUUCAAGAUAAUGGCAACUUCUAAAGAUGUAUCUGUAAAUUAUCUACGUUAUUUUACUUGUUGUUUUAUUAUUUGCCAUGACCUUGUGUCUCUUGUGAAGCUAACAGAAUAUAUCCUCAUCCACAGCUGGUAAUAAAGCUGCUGGGCUUGUUUUCCUAGGUAGAAUUGGAAUCACAAUUGCUAAAAAAUAAUGCUUAGUAAUUCCCCUACCAGUUUAGUAUUCAGAGCCAUAGUAAGUGCUUAGGUGAGACAUCUAGGCGACAGGAGGCGGUAUGGCUCAUAAAAGGCUUGCCUAGAAUUUGUAAAGGGUAAAGUCCUAUCUCAAGACAGGCAAAGUGAACAGAUCACCAACAGGCUAUUUCCUUUCAGGAGUAAACAUAAAAUACUUUUAGUCUGUGGUUUGACCACAAUCUACAAAGGUAAAACCCUUGUGUAGAAUUUACAUAAUGGCUUUAUAUUUUAAUCUUGACUUUCACAAUUAAUGUUGUUUAUGCAGUGGCCUUAAACCUCAGUCCAGUCUCCCCUUAAUGUCCUCCUUUGCUCCAGGCUAUAUGGCUUUCCUAGCCAUUCUAAGUAGCUCAGCGCCUUCAUUCCAAGUGUCCACUGCUACUUUUGUUAAAUACUCUGAGAGGAACUCUGAUCUUCCUGUACUGAAAAUAUAUGGAGUUCAGAACUGCCAUCCCUCAUUUAUAGUAGUUGACUUAUUGGUCAUAUUAGGUAUGUUAGUUGUUUGAAAUUAUGUUGAAUAUCAUUUCAGAGUUUAUUUUUGCUAUGAUGCAAAAUGGUAGCCCAAUAUAUUGUGCAAGUUUUUUUAUUUCUUUGCUUAACCAGCGUAAUAAAACUGUUAAAAAUCAAAAUGGCACAAACAUCACAAGAUAAUCCCAUGGGGUGGAUUCUGCUGUUUGGCUUUUUGAUUGCUGUAAAUGUGAAAUAUAACUGGGAAAAAUGUAAAAAAAGAAAAAAGAAAAUGGGUUUUAGACCAAAAUGCCUUAAAAUCGCAAAGGUAGAAAUUUCUUUUGUGCAAGUUAUAUUUCAGUCACUUGCAUGAUUAGUUUCCAGAUAACAAUUUGUAUAUAUGAUUUGAAUGGACAGCAUCCAGUCCUGGCUGUAGGGUCCUCAUGGGAUAGGAGGACAUCAGGUCACCCAAGUGCUGCCUGUUAUAAGAAGAAUAAACAUCAUUAACUUGGGGGCCUGGAUUUACUCAUAAUGGAUAAAAACCUUUAAUGACUGUAGGUGUUGCUACAGUCAGUUGGCAUAUACAUGCUACUUUCUCAAUGAUAGGCUGAAAGCAUGCUCAUUAAAUGCAUUGACCACUUUUGCUUAUUUGAUUUUUAUUAAUCUGUGAAACAGGCACAUUUAACUGUACAUAACCUUUUUUAUUUUUUGUUUUUAGAACUAUAGCUAACGAGUUACCCUCCUGGUUCUUUUAAAUUUGUAACACGUGGUUUAGGAUGGAUAGAGUACUAUUGCAUUAUUUACCAGCCCACAGAGGAAUGUGCAGUAUAUCACGUUUUUAUACCCUGUACUCUAUAACAGUAUGGUACAUGGAAUUCAGUAUUUAUUGGGGUAUUCUGCUGUGAAAACAACACAGUGACUGACCUAACAGGACAGCCUGCUGCUAUUCAACAAUGAUUCUAAAACCCCACAGACACUUCAGUAUUUGUUUUAAUACAGUGAAGACUAACUGCAAUUUGAAUAAAUGUAGGCAUUGGUGAACAUUUAAAUAUAUGUUGUAAUCAUGUUUUUCCUAAGAAGCACCGAUUCCUUCAUAUAUCUCACCUUAUUGUCCUCUAAAUCUCCUUAUGUUGGUAGAAUAGAGGAUUAGUGGGAGCAGAGGGCAACUGGUAAGAAGAUUCCAGAUUAGUUUUUCUGCCUUUUGUCUGGCAAUUUUUCUUGUAAAAGGGAACAAACUUGCUUCAUGAAGAAGAGUGGCCAUGAUCAUAGAGAACAAGUGACAACAAAUGCCUGGACCAUACCAUACAGUAUCGGGAAAUGGAAAGUGAUUAGUGGGGGAAAAACAAAAAAGGAGUGCCCCUGGUUUCAGAAUGUAGUAAUGAGUACACAGCUAGCACAAGUGUCUUGGCCCUUUGUAGACUAAAGUGUGUGAUUAUGUUUGGGUUUUGUUUAUUUAUAACAUUGUAACAUAUGAAUUUUGGAUUGGGAACAUUUAGUUUUGUCAAUUUUUCUUGUUUGUACAUAUUUUCUUUUUUGCUGAAUACAUCUUGUUUGCAUUUUAAGAAGCCUUAGCCAUUGAAUCCAGCAAUAAAACUAUUCAGAUUUGAAAAGGGUAAUAAGAAAAAAACCUUGGGGUGUAGAAUGAUGCAGACAAAGUUUAAACUGAACAGUGAAAGUAACUGAUGGCUGGCACAAUGCUACUAGAUAGCGGUGUCAGAGUGGAUUCAGGAAAAAAAAAUCUGAGCCUAAGGAAAGGAUGUUUUUUAUCUAAACUUUUUUAUUAGUAUCAUUAUUAAUCUUGUUUCUGAAGAUGACUUUGUCUGAAGUGUAUUGUUGAAAAUGUAUUCACGCAUGUUUUUAUCCCCUGCUCCCAAAUGGUGUUCAGGUCUUGUGACCAGUAUUACAUGUCAUUUCUAAAAGUGGUCUGCAUUAAUAACAACAUCAUUUGAAAAAAUAUCUCAUUGAUGUAUUACAAGAAAGAAAAAACAUUACACUGGCAGUAUUUUUUAAUUGCUAAACUGGCAGCUGUUUCAUUCUUGGCUUUGGCAGCCAAGACUACACUGUUACAAAGUUAAUUUAAGUGCAAACGUGAGAUUACAAUAUAAAUGUAACUUUAAUUCUGGUGUAAAUAAUAAUUCUGUUUAUAUUACUGUGUAAAUGCAUUCACCAUCUAUAACUGUGUGAAUAAUUUAUUCACUUACAGUAAAUGCACACAUAACUUUUAGAAAUGACAGAUGUUUCCCCAGGCAUGCAGGUCACUUUUUUCACAGUUCUCUAUAUUCUUAGCUAGCAACAUAUAAUACGGUAACUUGAAGAACACCUUGCCCUUUCAACAGUAGCUCAGAAUGUCUAAUACUGUGGUUGCUGUACUCCUCAGUGUUCUCUCCUGUUCUGCUGUUUUACUUAAAUAGUGUACACGGGUAACAAAAAAACCAUGCAGAAUAGAGCAUUUAGGUUUGCAGGCACUUUAGUAGGCUUUCUGAUGGCCACCGGAAACUGUGAGAUUCUUCAUGACAUACACCGUUGUAUGUCUGCUGUGACAACAUGGUUCUUUUAAGUUUAUUUGGUUUAGUAUUUUUUUUUUUAAAGGGUAACAUUGUAAAGAUAUAAAGGUAUGAUUUCUUGCAUUAUAAAAAAAUAGAUGUACAUAAUGUAUUAAUAAAAUGGAACGCUUA